AUGAAAAAAAAGUUCGCAGUGCUUUUUCUUGUAGUAGCAAGUUUAAUAGAAAAUGAGGCUUCAUCCGUUGGCAGUCUUAGAGAGAGAUUUUCAAACGCAGGCCUUAAUAAUGUCUCUGGCAAAAGCUCAGCCCAGUAUGGAUCCACGUACGAGAAAGUGCUGGAAAAAGAGUUUGAAGAGCUAGAAAAAAAGCUAGAAGAAAGAACGGUCAACAGCAAAGAGCAGGUGGAGCUGGAAAACUUUUUUGACUGGCUCAUUUCUACAAAAACAUACCAGGAUAGCUAUCAGACCAUGCUCUGGACUCUUAAGAACAUCGCAAAGGACAUACCAAGCAAUUUAGACCAUAAAAGUACAAUGCAGAAGCUCGCUGUAGCAGAUGAAAUUAUUCCAAAAGAAAUAUACGUUAUGGGAGAAAUACUAGCCCCAACCAACAAGCUGGUACAAGCCAUUGCUUCAGAUGAGAAAAAAACAGCCAAAAAGUUUACGUAUGAAAACAGCGUGCGACUAGCCUCUGACAGCAGUCAAGUGCAAAGGUCUUCGUACACAAAUCACAGAAUUAUUCUGUACAAUAUUUUCAACGACAAAAAAGAGCCUGAUAGAAAGCCACUGCUCAACAGGAGCAUAAAAUCUAAUGAAGGAUCGUCGCCAAUUAUCAUCAGCAAGUACAGAACAACAACAAACACGUCCAUAUUCAGCAUAAUGGAUGUUUACAAACUAAAAAGAAAAAAAGACAAAGCAAUAGGAGUCAUUGGCAAUGCUAGCAGCUCCGGUUUUAAAAGAACAAACAUCAGAAAGUUCCAGGUUGCUGUGUCCAAUGCUAUCUACUACUCCAUUGCCCUGAUGAUGUCAAAUUCCUCUUCUGACCAGAUUGAAAGAACAAGUUCUGAUUUUUUGAAAAGCCUAGAGGGAACCCCCAAUGAGGUAGCAAAUUUGUUUUUGAGCAAAGUAAAAAAAGUGCAAAGUGCAGAGUUUCUGGCUUCUGACUUGUCGAUUGAAGAAGUAGACGUGGGCUUUGCAAUUUGGCUGGUGAAGCUAAAAAUGAACCUUCUUUUUCUCUCCAAGUCCAAUGGAAGUCUAAUAACAACUCUGUGCAGCAACUCCACCAAGAAAGAGAGCAUAAAAUGUAAAGAGUUAAAAAAGAACGGCGAGAAUAUACACAGAUACAGCACACAGAUUGCUAGAUUAAACGUAAAAGACCUUCCUUUGGACAUGACCAUACGCGAAAGCAGAGACACAUCUAUAGAUAGAGAUAAGGCCAAACAAGACGUAAGCGCGCUUAAAGACACUCUAGACAAAGCAUCCAGAGCAGGCACAGAAAUCUCUAUAGACGACAAGCCCAAGAAAAAGCUAAUAGACAUGCUAGAAAACACAGAAAAAACAGAGAAAGUUAUGAACAUCCUAGUAAAAGAUGCAGAAGAGAUGAAAAAGAUAAACAUUCUGCCCUGGUGGAGAGACAGCAGCAAUCCAGAAUCAUCAGAGGUAAGGGAUAAAGACAAAGGGCCAAAGGACUUGUAUUUGGACCACUACUACAAUUUGUGCACAAAUGAGAACAAUCUGUACUGGUUUUACAAAGACAGAACAUUUACUGUUGACAUAAACAUGGGACUGCUGCUGUACACCACACAGAAUAAUGCAGAAAUAUUCACAAAAGAUAAAUUGAAAAAUAGCGCACAAAAGAGCAGUGACAUUCUAAGAGACCUUCAAAUGCACAAGAACAGCAUUGACACUGUAGAGAUUGUAUCAGGCAGUGGAGAGCUAGAAAUUGGAUACAACACUCUUCCAGAGUAUGUUAAAAUUGACUAUCUGAUCGACUUCUUUCUUUUAAAUGGGAGCCAAGUUAGCAAAAUAAUCAUAUCAAAUGUGUGUCUGGACUAUUUCCCCAGGUCUCUGCUUAGCAUAAAUAACAGACAGGUAACUCACUUGAAGUUCAACAACGUAAUCUACAUGGGGUCUCUUCUAUCGUCCAUUAUGGACUAUACUCGCAGCAAACUAGCACAAAAAGCAGAAGAUGUCCCUUCCGAAGUAGAUCUUAGAUCUGAGGAGUUCAUCAGAAAAUACAUCCAGGGCAUCUACGACACUGCCGAUUCGCAGAUUAAAAAGGCGCAUACGAACUCAGAUGCUAUUAAUGUGGAUACUGUUGUAACAAAGAUAAUGGAUAGGUUUAGAAGUGCGUCUAGCAGUGGAAGUAAAGCAAAGGAAAUAAAGUUGAAAAUAAACACAGUGAACACAAACGAAUAUGUAGAAAAAUAUAUAAAACGUAUUUUUGGCGAAAAUGAGAAGAGUGGGCCAGUGCAUUCAUUCACUGCAAAGUACAAAGAUAUGCUCGGGCUGAAAGAAGUGCUGGAGAGCGUUGAUGAGUUCAAAAUAUAUGCCGCAAUUUUCAACCAUCUGACACCAGAGGCACUCUAUGAGGACAUAGUAGCAAAUAAUUUAUCGCUGAAAAACCUGUGUGUUAGCGAGUCCGUUAUUCCAUACUCUCAGAAGAAGUACAACACAGAAGAAAGACUGGUUACUGAAAGUCUAGCAGGGCUGAUGGAAACGGAUAAGCCCUUUAAAACAGAGCUGGAACAAAUUGUCAUUAAGGGGCGGAUUAUGGAAAGUGUAGACUUUCUGUCAAAGUUGGACAGCACAAAAAUCUAUUCCAUACACUUUGUUAUUCUGGAUGUGCACGACCUGUAUGCAGUGCGGUACAUAACAUCAAUCAAUAGAAUGGAAGACAUUUCGUUUGCAGGAGCUUUUUUGAAUAGACUGGAGAAGAUGGAGCAGAAAAACAAGAAUGGCUCAGAUAUGGGGUCAAAUAAUGUAGGCUUAAAAGAAAUAACGACCUUACUAGAGCAAAUAAAAAAUUCAAGUCUAAAGAAAAGCAUGGAUAGAGAGUUGCAGCUAGGAUUUACGGAAGUGUCGUAUACGGAGAAUGUGCUGAUCAACAUAAAAAAGACAAAACUAAGAGCUCUGGAAAAAAAAGUCAAGGUGAUCGGAAUAUCACUUACGAAGAUAGAUCUAGACUCUAUUCAUCAUUUGUCAGAAAAAGCUAGAGAUAACAUUCGUCUUCUAGAUGUUAUAGGCAGCCCAGAGACUAAAACGGCUUUGAAAGACUCCAUUUACAGCAGCAGCUUUCCAGUAUACCACAAAAGUCUUCUAGGCAAAAAAAGAGACUUAGAAGACACUCUACUAAGCUAUAUAAUAGAUAGUGAGAUAGCGGGGCUGCUAGAAUACUUAAAGAAUCACCACAGCUGCAUCACAGCCUCCUACAACAUUGUAAAGUGCAUAUAUCUUGACAAUGUGGAGCUGAUUCUAAAAAGUUCAUUUUGCAUCUUGGACAGCACAGGAUUUCCUGGAGUGAGCUGCAGAAUUUUCUCAAGCGGGCUGAACACAGGAAUUCUGCGGCUGAAUGUUUAUAAUUCUACUGAAACAGUAGUGGACCCUGAAAUAGAAGAGAACGAGCACCCAUUGUACUUUGAAGCAGCUAUAGGCAUAUUUUCUCUGCAAAAUGGCAACACCUCCAUUGGAAAAUUUGCAAAUCAAUCUAAUCCGGGAAAUAGUGCAAUUAUCAGCCCAACAAACCAGAACUCUAUACUAGAGCCAAGGGCCAGCACUGCUUUAGAAUGCCGGCUCAUCACGCCCAUUACAAUGGUGAUAGUUACAUUUGUAUCGAAUGUUGCAGGCAUUGGAGCUGCAAUCUUAGACAAUAAUGAGAAAAUGAAAAAUGGGCGGAUUAGUCAAUCAAAAUACAUAAAACAGUUUCGAGAGCUGUGGAUGGACAACCCUCCUCUGAUACUGGGGGUAGUGCCAUACAGCCUAAUCCCCUAUUUUUCCAUUUCUGGGUACACGGUUAAAAACGAAGCUGGCUUCCUGCUAUCCUGUGGAUUUACUCAGAUAGUCAUGCCAGAGCCCGGCAGAUAUAAAAAGAUAGUAGAAAGCUGCUGUUUUAAAGAUCUAUGCAAAAUAGGCUAUAACUGUCUAACCACAAUGAAACAGAUAGUUUACAUCGAAAGCCCUAAUUUUGUGUACGAAGAAGAUCUGCAAAAUACUUCACCAAAUAUCAGUAAGUGCAAGAAAACCCACUGUGUGGUAAAUCUAAACGAAAAAAAAGAGAAGGAGCUGCAUUUUUGGAAUAUCCUCCUCUCCAGUGAAUAUUUCAAUGACAUAAUUCAUUAUACGCCCAGUGAUCAAAUGUACGCAGAAAUUGCUGAUCUGCAGAAAAUCAAAGAAGAUGCAGAUAGAGACACCCAAACCAUGAAGGAUGUAGCUAAACAGCUGAACACCGCCAUUUACAUGCACAGAAUACUUAUGUGCAUUAGCAGCGAAGAAACUGCAAAAAAAGUGGAGAAAAUCUAUCCAGCUCUGAGCGUGAUACAUAAAAAUAGAAAGAGCCCUGCUCUGCAGGACACACAUAGCCAGGGAUCGAGCAUAUCCAGAAACACAAACAAUUCGAUAAUAAAAAUCAAGGAAACAGAAUAUAGCGAUCUUUCUGCCAUAUACCACAUGGACUUCCUGCUGUGCACGCCGUGCAUCUUUGAUCUGGUGCAAAACGACUGCAACGUGCGGUCAAAUAAAAAAGAAAGAGAAAACAUCAUUGGAAAAAGGCUAAGGAUAGUUGAAAGCGAGAUGGAACAGGAAGAAAAGCAGGCAGGAGCAGAGAAAAGUAGCAUUUGCAGAAACCUGACAAGAAAAACGUACUACAGAGUUUUGAAGUUUAUGGAAGACGAGAGAUCCUCGCAGAUUUUGAUCAAGUCUCAGUACACAAUGUCUCUAGCAUACAAGUUCCUAACCAUGAAGGACAUCUCUGAGCUGGAUAAUAAAGCGCCAAUGCCUAAUAAAAAGGUCGAACUAGUCAGAGAAAGUUCUUCUAGCUUGCACAGUGAUUUAGAGUAUAAGGCGCUAAGAGAGAGAAUGAACAGGUACAUGAAGAAUGUAAUGGAUGCGCACCACAACAGCAUGGACGAGCUGCACACUACUCUUCUGAAAUAUCUGACUAAUUCAACAUAUCCCAUCUUCUACAUCUACGAAGAGCCAAAGAAAGAGAGCUCAAAUGCAAACAGGGAAAGAUACAACUCCAACGUAAACAAUGGUGCAGACUUUUUGGACUACAAAAUGCCUCUUGUGCCUCCGAGCUACAUUGACAUGUGUUUUGACGAGUAUGCAAAAAAAGGCCUGGAGUCCAUCAACAUAAAAAUAGUUGAAAAAGACGCCAGGAAAAAGAGCCAGAAAGCAGAUACAAAAGAAUGCAGUUUCAUGGGCCCUUUGCAGAAAGACAUAGAGAUGUUUUCUCUGAUCAGCGAUCUAACCAUCGCAGAGAUAGAGGCAAUUCUUCUAUUUGCAACAAACUUCAAAGAGGUUUACGAUACGUUCUACAAUAGAGAGAUGUACACAGCCCACACAUCUAUUGACAGCACGUCAAUACAGCUAGACAAAAAGAUAAACUACCUGCUGAUAGCUAAGACUCCUUCAGCGUCUGUUUUAAACUAUAAGUCCGCUGUUUUAAAAAACAACGGCAACAAUGAGCCCAUCUCUCUUUUUCUAAAAUAUGGAGAGUUUACGCACGCCAUAGGGAACAGGUCGCUUUUGCCAGAGCAGAAGUAUUUUUCGUUCAAUGUAGCAUUUCUAAAAACUGAACUGUAA